AUUGUUGAUCAUGCUAGAGAAAAACGAAAGGGAAUCACUGCUUCUUCUUUAAAAGAAUUAACCAGCAUUGCAAGAAAUCGCUUGUCAUUACCUUUGGAUGCAGAACUUACAAUUGUUCUAGAACAAGAUGGAACGGAAGUAGACGAUGAAGAAUAUUUUGCAACAUUAGAAAGAAAUACUAGUUUAAUGAUUCUGUAUGGAGAUCAGAAGUGGGUGGCAGCAGGAAGCAGUAAAGCUGCUUCUCGUUAUAUUGUUGUUGAUGAUGUAGAUAACAUAGAAGGUGGACAAAGAGGAGAUGAAAUCAGAAGGCGUCAGCCAACAAUAGAGCCAUUAGUUUCAUCAUUGCAUGGAGAUCCAUCACAUAUAUCAUUGCUUGGUGGAAAUGACUUAGAAUUGCUCAGUGAUAUGGACCCAGAUAGUUUAGCUGAUAUAGUGCCUGACAGAAUCUUCUUAGAACAAUUGAAAGAAGCUUCAGGCAGAUUUUUAGCUGAAAAACGACAAGCACAAGAAUCGAUGGCCCUUCUUCAGAUGUAUGCAAGUGGUGGAGAGAUGGAGCGAGCGUAGGCCAUGUGGGGGGUGGGCGCCCUCACACUGGCUAAUAUGUAUCGAGUGCGACGUCGCAUAUUUUAUAAAGGUCGCCAAUUACAACAAACUUUAAUCCUUUUUUGGAAUUGAG